AUGAAUAUUUCUCCUCAAAUAAAAAAUAAAAAUUUUGAAAAUAGAUUUGACUUACAUUUUAAAGAUAAGCUUUUAACUGAUAUUUCUGUUGACUCAGUUUUUGAAUUGAUUCGGGAUAUUAAAGAUCCUGAGCACCCAUAUACACUUGAAGAAUUAAAUGUUGUAAGAAAAGAUUUAAUUAAGAUUUAUCAGCUAAAAGAUGAAUAUGUAGUAGAAGAUAUAAUUAAUUGUAUAGAGGUACAGUUUGAACCUACGAUACCACAUUGUUCAAUGGCGGCAAUAAUUGGAUUGAUUAUUAAAAUUUUACUAGAAAAAUAUAUAAAAGGUUAUUAUAUUAUUGUUUCUAUUUUAGAAGGAUCACAUGUUAAUGAUAAGAUGCUUAAUAAACAAUUAAAAGACAAAGAUAGAGUACAAGCCGCAUCUGAAAAUGAGGCGUUAUUAGAAAUAAUAGAUGAAUGUCUAGUUUCGAUUAUUGACAAAUAUGAUUUAUAA